AUGGCGGUGCAGGCGGUUUAUCUGGAAGCUGACGCGUUCCUCGUUUGUCUCAACCAUGCCCUCACCACAGAAAAGGAGGAGGUAAUUGGGCUCUGUAUAGGGGAGUUAAAUGAGGACUCCAGAUUUGUGUAUACUGGAGCUGAAAUGUGUACAACGGCUGAAAAGAUCGAUACUGUCAGAAUUGUUCAAAUUAAUUCUGUCGUAAUCUUGCAACGUUCUGAUAAGAGAAAGGAGAGAGUAGAAAUUUCUCCAGAGCAACUGUCUUCUGCCACAACGGAGGCAGAGAGGUUGGCCAAAGUAACGGGUUGCCCAAUGAGAAUUGUGGGCUGGUAUCAUUCUCAUCCUCAUAUAACCGUUUGGCCUUCACAUGUUGAUGUUCGCACACAAGCCACGUACCAGAUGAUGGAUCAAGGAUUUGUAGGACUUAUUUUUUCCUGUUUCAUCGAGGAUAAAAACACAAAGACAGGCCAGGUACUUUAUACUUGCUUCCAAUCCAUACUGGCCCAAGGAAAGUCAGACUAUGAAAGAAUCGAAAUCCCAAUUCAUGUUGUACCUCGCAUCUCCAUUGGGAAAAUAUGCUUUGAAUCAACACUAAAGCUGCCGAUGAUCUUGUUCCAGGAGGAACAGGAUACAUAUAGGAAGAUUCAAAGCCUUAAACAUCUGGACUCAGUAACCAAGAUCCAUAAUGGCUCAGUGUUUACUAAGAAUCUGUGCAGGCAGAUGUUGGCUGUCAGCAGGCCUCUUCUACAGUGGUUGGAAAACAGAAUGGAGAACAAUCAACAGCUUUUGCAGGAGUUGAAACAAGAAAAGAAAGACCUUCUGCAAGAACUCUCUAAAUUUUAG